AUGGAAGUAGAAAAGCACACUCAAUUUUACUGUGCUAAGAAAAUUCUCCAAAAUCCUAUAAAAAUCGUAGUACUUUGUGGAUUGGUGGCGGUGUCACAAGCCGGUCUUCUGGCUGCACCCGUUCAUUAUUCUCCCGCCGAAUCAGUCUCCUCCCAGAGCAUCGUGCGUCACGACCAACCCCAAGCAGCUAGAAUCGCAGUAGCGGCUCCCGUCGCAUACAACGCCUACCAUGCCGCCCCCGUUGCCUACCAAGCCCCCAUCGCUAAAGUUUUGGCUCACCGUGAAGAGGCCUACCCCAAAUACGAGUACAACUACUCAGUAGCUGACGGUCACUCCGGCGACAACAAGUCCCAACAAGAAGUUCGCGAUGGUGAUGUAGUGAAGGGCUCAUACUCCUUCCACGAAGCUGACGGCUCCAUCAGAACUGUUGAAUAUACCGCUGACGACCACAAUGGAUUCAACGCGGUCGUACACAAUACCGCCCCAACCUCAGCCCCUACUCUCAUCAAGGCUGUACCCGCUCUCCAAUACUAUCAUCACUAA